UGCGCAGAUUGUGUUCGUGCGGUGCUAACAGACAGUCUUAUGCAAGCCGCCCUACACAGAGCGACGAUGUCCGACGCUGCUGCUCCAGCAGACAACAACGGGGAGCCUGGGUUAAACGGGUCAUGGGUAGAGCUGGAGAUGAACAGAAACGCUGCAUCUCUCUCUUCCUCCAGCGCCUCAGUGCCACCCCCUUUAGCCCAGGUAGUAGAGGAGGAUGAUGGGAUGGUGGGGGGGCUGGAACACGUUCCCUCAUCGUCUUCCAUCCACAAUGGAGACAUGGAAAAAAUCCUGCUAGAUGCCCAGCACGAAUCCAGCCGCAGUAACUCCUCAUGCGACAGCCCUCCUCGACCUCACAGUCCUCAGGAUGAAGGCCAGAUCAUUUUCGACGUGGACAUGAGGAGGGACAGUCAGGAGGAAGUCAUGGAGAAGAUCAGAGAUGAUGACAUAUUAAUGAAGGAUUCAGACCGGGUCGCAGACUGGUCAAGUAGACCUGAGAAUAUUCCACCUAAGGAGUUUCAAUUCCGGCACCCGCGGCGUUCAGUGACUCUCAGCAUGAGGAAGACAGGAGCCAUGAAGAAAGGAGGGAUCUUCUCUUCUGAGUUCCUCAAAGUGUUUAUCCCCUCACUGCUUCUGUCCCACAUCCUGGUCCUGGGUCUCGGGGUCUAUAUCGGGAAAAGACUGACAACUUCCCCUGCAAGCUCCAUUUGAACACCGAUCUGAUCAAGUGCCUCAGGCAUGGCCCAGGUGGAUUAGGGAGAAGGUUGCAGUUUGUACGAAGAAGCCCCCCGCUGCUCCCUUCUGCUCCUUUAAGUCCUAUCAGCAACAUUUCUCCCUUUUUUAGUAAUUCCUUUAAUUAGCCUUUCCAUGUUGAGAAGCAUAAGUGAUAAACUUCUCUUCAUUUCAGGCCCUUUUCUUUCUCGUUUAUCAUUUUCUGUAUCCCUUUUCCAGUUGUGAAUGUUCUAACACCCCCUUAGCAGUACUAUUUUAUUUUGGAAGUAUUUGGAGCAUUGCAUGAAACCAAAUGCACACAUGCUAGCUCCACACUAGCUCGAUUCAGCUAGGAGGCAAAAAACAUCCCAUUUUGGUCCAAUCACAUGACCCAAAAGGUGAUAAAGAAUCCCCCUGGUUUUCACCCUCAAAAUGGAAUCAACCAAAAUAUAUGACUUAUUGAAGUUAUACGAGCAUGCCUGAGCGCUAGCUAAGAUUUUAUUUAUUUCUACAAAUGCUACCAAUUUAGUUCUUUUAUUGACUUCAAGGGCGGAACGCCAGGAUGAUGGACUUAGGAAGGAUAGGGCUCUCCGUAGACCCCAAACUCAUCUGUUGAGGAUGAAAAAUUAAUAACUCAGACAUAAUAUAUGUUUAUGACUGUAUCACAUGCAAUUUUAUACCAAGUUUUGCAUAAUCUUUUACACGACCCUGACAGAGACAACACCUGUUACUUUGAAUCGUCUGA